AUGUCAAAUAGGCAAAUUCAAUCACUUGCUCAAAGUGGAACUGGAGGUAGUCCUACCACUCCUGGAGGAGUAGGAGGAGGAAGAGAUAGAAGGAAUUCAACAUCAUCAAAUUCAUCGUCAUCUCCAUUCCUCAGCAACAGUUUCAAAACAGCUGGAAAGACACAACCAACAGAAAUACAGAUGCAAGAUAUGAAAUCAUUGUCUAGUCGCGAUAGUGGAGAGUUUGAAGUCCCUCCACCAAAGUUGGAUUUCUUUGAUAAAUUGUAUUUAUGGCUAACAAAUAGAGAUAAUUUUGUAGGUGAAUCAAGAAAAAUAUAUAUAAACAGUCAAGAACAAAACAAAGCAUAUAAAUACACGAGCAAUUAUGUAAAGACUGCCAAGUACUCAAUCAUCACCUUUUUACCACUCAAUCUAUACGAACAGUUUUGUCGGUUGGCAAACUUUUAUUUCUUGAUCAUUUCUGCAUUACAAUUGAUUCCAGGAGUGUCACCAACAGGUAGAUUUACAACAUUGGGACCUUUAUUGGUAGUAUUGGCAAUCACAGCUUUAAAAGAAGCAUGGGAAGAUUUCAAUCGUCACAGACAAGAUGACAAGGUAAACUUUAGCAAGACUCAAGCUUUGAGAAACGGUCAAUUUACAGAGGUGAUUUGGAAGGAUGUCCAAGUUGGCGACAUUGUAAAGGUUACCAAUCGACAAUAUAUCCCUUCUGAUUUAUUGGUUAUAUCAAGUAGUGAACCAAAUAAUAUUUGUUAUAUUGAAACUGCAAAUCUUGAUGGUGAAACCAAUUUAAAGAUGAAACAAAGUUUAGAAGAGACAGGAUAUUUAUCAGACAAUGUAGAUAAUCUUGGACAAUUAAAUGGAUAUGUUGAAUGCGAACAUCCAAACAAUCGAUUAUAUAAUUUUGUAGGGUCUCUUUAUCUCGAUGGCAAAGGGUACCCAUUAUCAAUCCGUCAGUUGCUUUUAAGAGGUGCUAUGUUGCGUAACACCAAAUGGGUGUGUGGUUUGGUAUUGUAUACUGGACGAGACUCGAGAUUGGUGCGAAACUCUAGUCCGACGCCACUGAAACGUAGUGGUGUCGAGAAAAUGACCAAUCAAUUCAUUAUCAUUAUCUUUUUCCUCCAAAUUCUUUUGUGUGCGUCAUGUGCCAUUGCCAAUGGUUUCUGGGCCAACGAAAAUCAAAAUUCAAAGCAAAUGCCCGAUCCCAACGACCCAUCGCAAACCAUCACAGUGCCCGAGAACUGGUACUUGGCAUUCAACAGAGAACCGGUUGAAGAGGGUGCACUCUCCUUCCUCACUUUCCUCAUUUUAUUCAACAAUCUAAUUCCCAUCUCACUCUAUGUAUCUAUGGAAUUUGUUAAAGUCUUCCAAGCCUAUUUUAUAAACAAUGACCAAGAAAUGUAUUACAAGGAAAAUGAUACUCCUGCCCUAGCUAGAACUUCAAAUUUAAAUGAAGAAUUGGGUCAAGUUGAAUAUGUUUUCUCUGAUAAGACUGGAACAUUAACACAAAAUAAAAUGGAAUUCAAAAGAUGUACAAUUGCAGGAGUGAUUUAUGGACAAGGUGGAAUGACAGAGGCAACGAUGGGUAGAUUGCUGAGAGAGGGAAAGAUGUCGACAAAUGAUAUGCAUCUCUCGCAACCACAGUCACCCGAGGAGCGACCAAGUCUUGUACAGAGCCCAAGCUUUUACGAUCAAAAACUAAUGGUUGGAUUGAGCAAGGAUCAUCCCAACGUAAGUGACAAGCAUGCUACACUGAUUCGCGACUUUUUCUCGGUGCUUGCAGUCUGUCAUACUGUCAUUCCCGAGAUUGAAGAGGGUCGUAUUGUGUACCAGGCAUCAUCACCCGAUGAGGCUGCACUUGUGAAUGCGGCCAAGUCGGUUGGAUUCGAGUUUACAUCACGUAACAUCAAGCAGUUGGUAGUGACGGUACGUGGCCAAGAAAUGACAUACGAAGUGUUGAAUAUACUAGAAUUCAACUCGACGCGUAAACGUAUGUCGGUUAUUGUCAGACAUCCCGACGGACGAUUGAUGCUGUAUUGCAAGGGUGCCGACACGGUCAUCUUUGAGCGUUUGGGCAAGAACCAGACGUACGGUGAUAUUACCAUAACCCAUUUGCAAGAGUUUGCGACCGAGGGUCUGCGUACACUGUGCAUUGCACAAUGCGAGAUUGACCCCAUCUUUUACGAGCAGUGGAACAAAGAGUUUUACACUGCGUCCAACUCGAUUGUCGACCGUGACAAUGAGCUAGCUCGUGUUGCCGAACUCAUUGAAAAGAACCUCAACCUGCUUGGCGCGACUGCCAUCGAAGACAAGCUGCAAGAGGGUGUGCCCGACACCAUCCGUAUCUUGCGUCAAGCCGGCAUCAAGAUUUGGGUGUUGACGGGCGACAAGCAAGAGACAGCCAUCAACAUUGGUUUCUCGGCACAGCUGUUGACCCAGCAGAUGGAGAUGAUCGUCGUCAACGAAGAGAGCAGAGAAAACACGGCCAUCGAGCUGAAUCGUCGUCUCGACGAGAUCAACAACCCCGACACGGACAUGGACAUUGACAAUAUGGCGUUGAUUAUCGACGGCAACACGCUGUUGUUUGCGCUAGAGGAUCAAUCACGUAUCUUGCUCCUGCAACUUGCUCAACUGUGUCGCGUGGUCAUUUGCUGUCGUGUGUCACCUCUGCAAAAGGCUGAGAUGGUGUUGCUGGUGCGUACCAACCUCGACGCUGUGACGCUGGCCAUUGGCGAUGGUGCCAAUGACGUUUCCAUGAUCCAGGCUGCGCAUGUGGGUGUUGUUCCGCUACCUGCAGCGUCUGUUGCUUGUGCAUGGACGUUAUUCGUACCGUCGUAUCUCCAAGCUCAUCUGCUACAGCUUUUACAAAAACAUUACACUCUACAUUACGCAGUUUUGGUUCACCAUUAUGAAUGGGUGGUCCGGUCAGACAUUCUACGAACGGUUCACUCUGACCGCCUACAAUGUCGCAUGGACGUUGUUCCCCGUCAUCAUCCUCGGUAUCCUCGACAAGGACGUGCCAGAGGAACAGGUCGCGCUGCACUCGCAGCUGUACCAGACGGCCUCCCAUACGGUGACGGACGUUCAGUCGACCUCUUUACCGUCGGCACAGUCGCCUACAGCUGUAUCGUCAUCACAGUCAACCUCAAGCUGGCACUCGAAGUGCGUUACUGGACAUGGCUCAACCACGCGUUCACCUGGGGUUCCAUCGUACUCUACUUUAUCUGGCUUCUCGUGUUUGGCAAGUUUUGGGAAAUGAACUCGUUUGAUGUUGGAUCUGACCUCUACGACAUCAUCUAUCGUGCUGGUCAGUCGGCACUCUUUUACUUUACACUCAUCAUGGUACCCAUCAUCUGUCUGUUCCGUGACUUCUCGUGGAAGUAUAUCACCCGUGACAUCCGUCCACACUCGUACCACGUCGUUCAGGAAAUCGCCCGCAAGGAAAAACGUCUACACAAGAAACCCAAAGGAUCAGACUCCCAUCCAGCCGGCUACACUGGCUAUUCAUUUAGCCAGGAUGCAGGUCAAUCUGAUGCCAUUUCAAAGAGAUAUAGUAAUCCUCAACAACCACCAACAUCAUCACCAUCUUCACCAUCGCAAGGUGCUUCAACCACCAACAAUGUUAAUAGUUACAAGAAUGACAAGAAAAUAUCAUCAUCGUCGUCAAUGUCGUCAUUAUUUACAACAAGUAGAGGAUACGUUUAUAUGAUUUCAAUCGUUUUAAUAAUAGCAAUCAUUAGUAGUAUAACAACAUAUAAUAAUAAUAAUAAUAAUAAUGUAGUGGGAGUACAUGCCUACUCUAUACUACCUUCAAUCGAGUUAAUCAAUAGUAUACUAGUUUCGCCAUCAUCCACUUUAGAUGCCUCCUCGUUGGCCAUCAUUCAACCACCACAAUGUCGUAUCCGUAUCAUCAAUACUAUUAUAUCAGAGGACAGUAACAACAACAAUAACAAUAAUGGUCCAUUAUUGGUAGAUGUUAUAUUCAAUUCAAGUAAAAAGAUUGAAGCACUGUCCUAUUUAUCUUUGACCGACUAUAUAACCGUUCCAACAGGACCAAUCUCUAUCGAGUUGGUUCAACACUCUGACAAGAGACCUUUGAAUUUGGUUGGCAAGUCCAUAUACCGUUUGGAAAACGAUACAGACUAUACACUUGUAUUGAGUGGUGUUCAGGUAGAACAUCACAAUACAAGAAUGGAAGAAGGAUCAUCGACUCAACAACAACAACAACAACAAAAAGUAGACGACAAGAAAGAAAAAGAAAGAGUUAGUGUCAGUAUUUUAUCUGAUAUUAAUACCGAUCAACCAAGUAGUAAUCCACAACAACCAUCUCAACACCAACAACCAACAACAUCAAACUUUUCACCAAACCGAUUAAAUCUUCGAUUCGUACAAUGUGUCCAUGACUUGCCAUCAAGUUUUAUUGAUUUCGAUGUACAUGGUGGUGCUACCCUUUUAUCCAAGAUUAGAUAUUUACCAGAAGAUAAAAAGGGUGUUUCAUCGACCUAUAUCUCUAUUCCAUCAAGAUUCUAUCAAUUCAAUGUACAUGAACAUGAAAAAUCAUCUGUCAAUUAUUUAAAUUUUGAUAGUUCAGUUUAUUAUCAACCACCACAACAACAACCACAACCAGCGAUUAAUACUCAAAACAAUCAUCAAAUCAAGAAUCACCAUGGUAGUCAAGGACAACUUUAUUCAAAUUUAUUAAUGGUUGGAUCCUAUUUGGCCAAUGAUAAUAGUAAAUAUUCAAUUCAAAUCAUUUCAUUGCCAUCAAGUGAAUCUAGUUUUACGCAACAACAACAACAAUCUGGUUUUGUUCAAUUGGAUGGACAAAAAUAUUAUACCUUUAAAAAAGUAGUUUCUCCCAUUUCACAAUUGUCCAAUCAACAACAAAAGCAAAAUAAUAAUAAUAAUCAAGCAAACCAACAACAAGAUCCAUCAUCGGUCCAACAAAACCCAUCGUCUACCAGUUCACCUACCAGUACCUUUCACUUUUCGCUAGCCAUCAUUUCCUUUGCAUUAUUAUUUGGAUUAUCUGUCAUUUAA